UUCCUGGAAUCACAUGGUCUCAAAAACCCCACUGUCUUCUCUUUGUCACUUCACACACAUAAGAAAAUAGAACCGUGUGUGCGUUUUAGCGUGUGAAUUUCAAGCUACACCCAGAUAGAUUCGCAUUCUAAAGUGCUUGAUUUCAUCUUUUUUAUCUUCAAUUUUCUGUUUUUCUAUAUGGGGUUUCGAUUGAUUUUAUCAAAAGACCAAAUCUUAAAUAACCGUGUGUUUGGUAGUACUUAAUUUCUUAACAACACUCAGUUUCUUUGAUUCUUUCAUCUGGGUUGCAGUCAUGAGUAUGUACGGCAGAGAUCCGUGGGGUGGGCCAUUAGAGAUAAACACGGCGGAUUCCGCGACCGACGAUGACCGGAGCAGGAACCUGAAUGACUUUGACAGGGCGGCGCUUUCCCGUCCUUUAGACGAGACGCAGCAGAGCUGGCUGUUGGGUCCUGGAGAACAGAAGAAGAAGAGGUAUGUAGAUCUGGGUUGUAUCAUCGUCAGCCGUAAGAUCUUUAUUUGGACUGUUGGAACGAUCCUAGCCGUUGCUUUCACUGCCGGAAUUAUUACAGUAAUAGUCAAGAAUGUGCCUAGGCAUCACAAACAUCCACCAGCACCAGAUAAUUACACUAUUGCUCUACAGAAAGCUCUCAAGUUCUUCAAUGCCCAAAAGUCCGGAAAGCUCCCCAAGCAUAAUAAUGUGUCGUGGAGAGGUAAUUCAUGUUUAAACGAUGGGAAGUUGGACAAAUCUGGGGCUGUAAUUAAAGAUCUAGUGGGUGGGUAUUAUGAUGCCGGGGAUGCGAUAAAGUUUCAUUUCCCCAAGGCUUUUGCCAUGACUAUGUUGAGUUGGAGCGUGAUCGAAUACAGCGCCAAAUAUGAAGCUGCUGGAGAGCUUGCCCAUGUUAAAGAGAUCAUUAAGUGGGGCACUGAUUACUUUCUAAAGACGUUCAAUUCUACGGCCGACACCAUAAGCCAACUUGUGGCUCAGGUUGACUUUGAAAUCUUUUUUCAAUGUGAAUUGUAACCGUUAUUUAAAAUAGUAUUUGUCCCACAUCGCCAGG